GAGAGCUCCUUGGUUGCUUUCUUUUGGGUGCUAAUCAUAUUUUGGAGACUAAUGUAUUGUUGUUGAAAAGCAUUGGUUUUUCUGAUGUGAGAAUAAAUGAAUUUGUGCUUAGAUAUCCUGGUUGUCUUACACACAAGCCUGAGUGGGUUAAGGAUUCAUUGCAUAGGGUGGAGAAUGAUUUUGGAGUUUCGCGUGACUCCCCUAUGUUUUCUUACGCAUUUCAUACAUUAGUCUCACAAAAGAAGUCUAGCUGUGAAAAGAAGAUUGAGAUUUUCAAGAGUUUCGGAUGGUCUGAUGAUGAUGUACUCACGAUGUUCAGGAAGCUACCUUAUUGUAUUGCUCUCUCAGAGGCCAAAAUUCAGGAAAUAUUGAAUCUCUACAUGAAGGAGCUUGGUUUAGAACCUGCUUACUUGGCUUCUCAUCCUGCAAUUUUGACCUAUAGUCUGGAAAAAAGGGUGGUACCUCGGAUGCAAGUCUUGAAAAUUUUGGAUCAAAAGAAGCUUGAGAGGAGAAAGUGGAGUCUUUAUUCUGUUCUGAUGUUAACGGAGUCAAAGUUCGUAGAGUAUUUUGUGCUUCCCUACAAGGAUCAGAUACCUGAUCUGUAUAAACCACUCAAGAAAAGUGUGUCCCCUUAGUUGAUUUUGUUUAUUUUUGGCACUUAGGGUGCGGAGAUAUUCCUAACAUUAUCAGCUGUAUUUCAAUACAAUUUUGCUUUUUCUGUUUUCCGUUUAUAUUCUGAAAAACACAGUCGGUGUUGCCAAAAAUCACUUGUGGAGUUGGGGCAUGUUUAUUGAAAGACCUUCCUCAUAUUUACAAGUCUGAACUGCUGUGAGCUAUAUGCAAAAUCAAGUCUGCCGUUUGAAGAUAUUAGGAUUCAACAGAUCUUAUUAAUAACUGAUCCCCUUUGGCAGUUACCAGCAAGUUUGUUGAAGACAAAGUCACAUACUUUUUCUGGCAUUGGUUAUAUAGUGUAAGGGUCUGAGUUUCUCUUUGAUGGAUGACAGAGGGAAGUGUGGUUUUCCCAGUAGGAAGCUCUUAUAUAAUGUCUGAAUUUGAUCCUAUUACCAUUUUGCAUGAGUUUUGCUAAUCUAUCCAUUUGAAAGGACUUGAUUGUAGGUUAGCUCCAUAAGCCUACCUUUUAAAACCCAAUGUGGGCAGGCUCCUCUCUAAACCCUGCGCAUAACGGUAGCAUAGUGCACUGGGAUGUCGUUUGCCCUUAAAGCUUUAGUCUUUGUCUUAUCUUUAAUGUGAAGUUGAAUAUUUUUUGCCAUUUCAAACUUUCUAGUCCUUGAAAUGAUGUAGUCCUACUUACUCUGUAAUGUU